UGAAAUCAUGUGAUUGUCAAGAGCCAAUUGAAAGAGGCUGUGGAAAGAGGAACGGUUAAAUUUGUAAUAUUGGUUGUGUGAAACACUUCUUUGGGCCUCAUAAACAACCACAGAACCACAAGUUGGGUACAGAGGCAGUCACACAAGAGCGGGUCCGGGAUAUUGGUCAGCAGGCAGGGCGAAUCAUUUUGACUGCAAACCACAAGAGUUUCAUAGAGUGGUAAAAGAAAUAACAUAUCGCCCCCUUUUAAAAAAGAAAAUAAGUUUUUAAAAGAGGAAACCAUGACUUCAAACAGCUUCUUUGAGUCAUUUCCUUCUUACCAGCAGUGCUUCGUGCGAGAUACCAGCACGAGCCGCCGCUUCACGCCGCCCUCGACCGCGCUGAGCCCGGGCAAGAUGAGCGACGCGCUGCCGCUGGUUGGCCACGAGAACGGCGGCGGCGGCGGCGGCGCCCUGGCGGGCAAGAUGAGGACCGCGGACCGCAGCAUGGUGGAGGUCCUGGCCGAUCACGCCGGCGAGCUGGUGCGCACCGACAGCCCCAACUUCCUCUGCUCCGUCCUGCCGACCCACUGGAGGUGCAACAAGACGCUGCCCAUCGCCUUCAAGGUGGUGGCCUUAGGAGAUGUCCCUGAUGGGACUCUGGUCACAGUGAUGGCUGGAAAUGAUGAAAACUACUCUGCAGAACUCAGAAAUGCUACUGCUGCCAUGAAGAACCAAGUAGCAAGAUUUAAUGAUCUAAGAUUUGUGGGCAGAAGUGGAAGAGGGAAGAGCUUCACAUUGACCAUCACAGUCUUCACAAAUCCUCCACAAGUAGCCACGUACCACAGAGCCAUCAAGAUCACAGUGGAUGGGCCUCGAGAACCAAGAAGACACCGUCAGAAACUAGACGAGCAGACAAAGCCUGGGAGUUUGUCCUUUUCAGAGCGUCUGAGCGAAUUGGAGCAGUUGCGUCGCACAGCCAUAAGGGUCAGCCCACACCACCCAGCCCCCACUCCUAACCCAAGAGCUUCCUUGAACCACACCACUGCUUUUAACCCUCAGCCUCAGAGCCAGAUUCAGGAUACAAGGCAACUUCAGCCAUCUCCUCCGUGGCCUUACGAUCCAUCCUAUCAGUAUCUGGGAUCAAUUGCAACUCCUUCGGUUCAUCCAGCAACCCCAAUUUCACCUGGAAGGGCGAGUGGAAUGACCUCUCUCUCUGCAGAACUCUCAAGCCGACUGACAAGUGCUUCUGACCUAACAGCAUUCAGUGAUCCAAGAGUGGGAAUUGACCGUCCUUUCCCUGCGAUUCCUUCCAUUUCUGAUCCUCGCAUGCACUAUCCCGGAGCGUUCACCUAUACUCCCACACCUGUGAGCUCAGGAAUAGGAAUCGGUAUGUCUGCCAUGACCACUGCCACAAGAUAUCACACUUAUCUGCCCCCUCCAUACCCAGGUUCUUCUCAGGCUCAAGGCAGCCCAUUUCAGACCAGCUCCCCUUCCUAUCAUCUCUACUAUGGAACAUCAGCAGGGUCAUACCACCAGUUCUCUGUGAUGUCUGGAGGAGAUCGGUCGCCUCCACGCAUCCUUCCUCCUUGCACUAAUGCUUCCACAGGAUCUACUCUCCUCAAUCCCAACCUUCCAAACCAAAACGAUGUUGUGGACACAGAAGGCAGCCAUAGCAACUCCCCUACCAACAUGGCAACCACAGCAAGGCUAGAAGAAGCAGUAUGGCGGCCGUAUUGAAUCAUUAGCACAGCUGUUUUGUCUGCUGAAUGGCCGAGGACUCUGCCAGGUUUAUAGAUCAUUACAGAGAAGCAAUCCAUCCAGAAGUCAGUAUUUACAGGAAUGGUGUCAUGGUGUUAUCCAAUUGACAUUGGUCACUGAGGUGACAGUAUUCCAGAAAAGUACACUCGUCCAAGGACUGAACUUCUGAAGAUGAGAACAUUUUAAGACGAUGGUACCUACUCACUCACUUUUUCUAGAGAUAUGGGGAAGGAUAGAUACUCGGUAUGUUUCCAGAGCUUGAGACUUCAAAAAUAGUUUUGGAGCUCCUCAAGGCUUUCAAAAGAGUGCUUUGUUUGACAUCUGAUUUGGAGGCUUAAAGCCUAACGCAAUCUUAAUGAGUUUAAUCAAUCAUUUUGUCAUGCUAGUUAAAAGGAAGUAUAGGAAGAUUCUCAGAGAGAAACUGUGAAUGCUUCUGAUUUAGCAAUGCUGUGAAUAAGAGUUUUUAUAUCCUGGAAUUAAUUUUUUUAACCAAGUUGUAUAUUCCAAAGAGUAUGGGAAUUAUGCUUAUUUUAAUUUUAAUUUUAAGAUGCAACUCGUCCUUUGCAUAUCAUUUUUUUUAUUUCCUUUUUUGGCACCUUAGAAAUUUGUAAAAAGAUUUAAUCUUUUAAAAAAUGUGCUUGAUUUUCUCAUGCAUUGUCAACUGAAGGCAUGAAAAACGCCUUUCCAGGGAGAUGAUUUAAUUAUUCCUUUAAUAUAAAAGAGUGACAGCCUUGGGUCCUUUUCAACUACUGAAAACGUAUAUGAUGAGUUACUCGAUAUUUAUGCUCUCAGCAUUGAUUUUUUGUGUGUGAUACCUUUAUUAUUUAAAUAUGCUUAAAGAUAAGCACAUGCAUUUUGUAGCAACCAAAGUUUUAAAAUAUCACAUAUAAAAUGGCUGGAAUAAUUAUGGGUAAUGUGACUUUUAAUUAUUUAGAAGUAUUGUUUACAUUUUGCUCCAUUUCACUUUCAUCAGGCAUUUAAUACCCAAUGAAGUCAUUUUUGUUGUCCAGUUGAGAACCCAGAAUUAUUUUAAACAUUACUUUGAUAUAAGUAGUAUCAAUAAGUGUCUCCCUUCUUUUUAAAAAAAGGAAGAACUUUGCAUCACAUUUUGCCACAAUACUCUGAUCAUUUUAACACAAGUUUCAGAAUAUGAGGAGGACACUGGAGGCAGGAACUGAUCUCAGAAAGAGCAUAUGGAGAUUCCAGGACAGCUGCGUUAUACUCCACGUUGUGCUGAACUGAUAUCUAAAUGCAACAGAAGUGAAAAGUAAAAUCAAACACAGCUAGAUAGACAUAGCAAAGUACUUCAUGCUGAUAAAUUAUGGGCAAAAUCUGACAAGCUCCUGUACUUUCUACUUCGAUCUGUUGGGAACUGCAAGAACUUGUUUCAGGCUGUGGUCCUAAGCACAAUCAUCUGGACAUGAUGCACUAGAUACACAGACACAAAUCUCUUUACUACAGAUUUGACAGCCAAAGGCAACCUUAGGAGGUUGCACAUUUGAGCAAAAGAAUGGCCUGAGGGACUGGUAACCCUUGUCUUCUAGCCCUCUCCCUACCCACCCAUCCCAAAUAAUUUUUCAUCCUGUAAGAGAAAAGAUAUGGAUAUCCAUAUCUUUUCUGCUGUAACUGGAAAAGCAACUUCCAAGUGGAAGAAAUGGUGGCAGGAGAAUGGUUACACCAAACACCAUUGCUUUGUUCAAACUUGCCGUCUCAAGGUUACUUUUGGUUAAAAAUUAUUUGUCACUGGACAGCUCAUCACAUCCAGUUUGGGCCUCAGUUCUUGACAAAUGAAUUUAGAAUCUGGAACAGACUAGCAUAUUCAGCAUCUUCCAAAGCCAAGCCCGUAGUCAGGAAAGGAAAUUUAAAUCAGUACAAUUCAAACAUGAUACAUGAGAUAGGCCACCCUGUAGCCAAUUUUUACUUUCUUCCCCAUGCCCUGCAGUAAUAACUUAAAUGGAACAUUCACUGUUGUCUAAUACACCUCAAACAUAUCGGACAUCACUGUAAAUUAUAAGGCACUGUUUUAUGUGAGGGUUUGGUCUGAAUGCAAUUGUACAUGUCUUUGAUUGUACAUUAAAUGAAUACUGCUAAGUCAACAGAUUCAGAAUUACCUUCUGAUUAAGUAAUGGACCUUUAAAAAUUAGUGCAACAAUUGCAGAUCAACUCUUCUGAGUAUUUGAAAGCAGGCCUUUAAAUCAGUGUUGGGUGUUUAAUAAAAUUAAUAAAGGAUUCGGUUUAGAAAGAUCCUCGGCUGCAGGCAGCAAAACAGCUGGACUUAUUUAAAAUAUUUGUUUCUUUUUUAUAUUAUAUAUAUAUAUAUUUGUAGAUUUUGCUUUUGCAUUAUUUGUGUGUCUGAUGCAGUAGCACUUUGAGAUAAAAUGUUACAGAGUGAAAUAGCUGAUGCUAUCAACAAGGUCAACUUACUGCAGAAAAUUAUUUCAGCUGAUCUCAGCCAAAGCUCAAAAGAUCAUACAGUGUCAUUUCUCCCCCUCCCCACUUUCAGAUUCAUAUUUUGCAGUUGUGUGUUUUGCCAUUUUUCAGAUGUGUGUUUUACAAUUGGGGGGUUUGAGUUUCUUUUUUAAAAAGAAAUGGAAGAGCCAAUUCAUUUCUGUGCUUCUGAAAUGGAAAAAAAAGAUAUUUCAAAAUAGUUAAUUGUACAAAACUGUUACAAUUACCUUGAUUUUUCAUGCAUUGAUUUCUUACAUCUUUAGUGAAAUUUAAAUCUGUCUUUCAUGGUGACUGUUCCACAGGAUUCAACUUAAAAUAUAAUGCCUUUUCCUUUAUGCUAUAAGUGCUUAAUGUGGAUAAUCUGUUUAGAUAAAAAUGCCAGUCAUUUAUUAUAGAUAUCAGCAACUAAGGCCACUAUAUACUCUCUAUGAUUUAUGCCUAAACAAAUGUAUGCCAUUUUAUCCAGUAUUAGAAUAAUUCAUUGUCUCGACUACACCUGCACUAUUAAUGAUUAACUGCCCACUCCUUUGCAGGUUUAUUCAGAAGUAAGUCCCACUGUGUUCAGCAGUGAUCAUUCCUAGGUAUUGGUGCAUAAAAUUGCAGCCUGAUUUUACCAGCUUCUGCUUCAAAUGGGCUGAGAUGGAAUUUGGCCAGCAUGGAGUAUGGCAUUACUAGGGAAGAGAGCAAAACAUUCUGAGGAUAACUACAGUUUUUGAAGCCCUACAGAGGCCAGGGAUCAGAGAGCCACAGCUCAGCACUUCAUAAAGAGAAGUGCAGACAAUCCAGAGAAAUUUGGGCAACUGUUUAUAUGAGCUCGGGCUGUUUGUCCACCUUGCCCAGCAGCAUCUAAUCUGAGUGGCAGCAACUCUCCAGGGUCUUUGGUGCAGAGAGGUCUGUGCAUUCACCUGCUACCUCCCUUCAUCCGGGGAACAGCUGUGGUUCAUUGGUAGAUCAUCUGCUUUGCAUGCAGAAUGUUCAAUCUCCAGGCAGGGCUGGCUGACCGAAAGCCAGAAGAGCCACGGCUAUUCAGUGUAAACAAUACUAAGCUACAUGGACCAAGGUUUGACUUGGUAUAAGGCAGUGUCCUAUGUUCUUAUGCACCUGCUCUUAACAGGACAUGGCAGGGGUUGUACCUAGAAGGACCUUUUGCAUGUAAAGCAUGUGUUCUGGCAUUAAACUACCAAUUAGUUUCUCUCAAGAGACUACCCACUUUCCAAAUGUUUUUCUUUCUCAUAGCUGAAUUGUCUGCAGAUUUAGAAUCCUAAAUAUGGCUAGAUUUAGGUUUAAGAGGCUUGGACUUUAUAAUUAGGCACUAAGAAUACUAUACGCAUUCUCUUUGAUUUUUGUUGUUAAAAAAGUAUCCCCUUGGUGAUCUAAUUUUACAAGGCUUUGAUCAGGGCUCUUGAUGUCUAAGACCUUACCUUCACAUCUUUCUGGGGUUGUACCAUUUCAGAAUGUGACAUCUUCUGAAUUGAUGCCAUCCCAUGAACACGUAGGUCAAAUGUAUAUCAUUUUAUAUUGGGCUUGCCUAAGGAAGGAUAAGAGUAGUUACUAGGGGAGGUAGUAAGCUCAGUUUUUCUGCAUGCCUCUUGGAGUGUACUGA